CUUGUAGGAGGGAUGAGUCAUCUGGCCUUGAGCUCUGAUUCUUAAACUAAAUUGAUAUGUAGGUAUGUUAAACUGCGUUUACGUAAUUAGUUUAUUUGUUCCCAUCUCUGGAAAGUAUUUUGUAGUUAACGUCUUUGAUAUUUUUUGGUUCGUUUUUCAGUGCUCAGGAGUAUAAUUGUGACAGUUUUCUUGUUUGAAGGCGCCACGCGACUGUUUGCUGUAGGAAGACGAAUUCUAGAACCUCUUGAGAUAAUGGACCUUUUUCUGGUGAUGCUAGCUUUCUCUUCUAACUUUGUGUGGUACACCAAUUAUCCAAACUUCUUCUGGUUCAGAGACUAUGUAACCACUUUAUCAAGCCUGGCUGUGUUCUGUCGGCUUCCCUUCAACAACAGACAGCUCAAACAAGCAGUUUCCAUCUUCUUUAGAGUUGCACCUGUCAUGGUGGACCUUCUGUGCCUUUUAGGGAUAAUAUUAUUUUUGUUAGCCAGCGUAGGAAUGGAGUUAUUUCAUGCAGCACCUGAGACAAGUGACGGUCACAUGUACUUACCGGCCUGUGGGUUGGGAUUCCAAACGUUUUGGUGCUCUUGCCUAAUCUUGUUCCAGAUGGUAACCACAAGCAACUGGCAUGAGAUUAUGAACUCGGUGAUGGAAGCAACAGAAUCAAACUGGACUAGCCUGUAUUUUGUGGCAGCUUACAUUCUGGUCAACAUGGUUAUUAUGAAUUUGUUUGUAGCCAUUGCUAUUGAAGCUUUUAACAAGCUUGGUACAGUGGACGAGGAUCAGCAUCAAGUCAGACCCAUGGAGAGACAGCCCUCAGACCCGAGACCUUCCACCACAGAUACUACAGUGAAACAUCAAGCUGUUCAUAUGAUACACAGUGUCGCCAGCAGUUUGUUUGGAAGCGUAAGGGUGAGUGUCUGUCUAGAGAAAUAUCAAAAUAAUUUACUAUGA